CACUCCUCCACCCUCUUCCGACGAUUACCACCACCACCGCCCAGUUUGACAAGCUUUUCAUGCACUUGUGACAGAAGCUGACCUACGUUGCCUGCAGUCACUUCGAUCUAGCGAAGGCGAGGAUUGGCUCUACAUGCUCAGUGGCUGCGCCGUCAAAAGCCCUUGGAUGCGCGUGCGCAGGUGGCAUCGGAUAGCACGCUGAGCGGUACCGCCUACUUUGACGAGCUCUCGUCGCGCAAAGACCUCUGCGAGAGGUAUGCGCGUCUUUGCGCAAAUUGGUCGCUAUCGGAGCAUCAUCUUCGCGGCUCCUUUGUCUCGGGCCGUAUGAUCAUCUACGGACCCAUGGCGACUGGCCAAGCAUUCCAAUCCAGAACAGAUCUGAGACUUUACGGGAACACGUGGUGCGAGAUAUUCGUACGCGAAGAUGACGGCACAGUCUUGGACUUUUGGCAGAGAACGGAGCAGGGGCUCGUCAAGAGUGGAAGCGUCAAAGUUUGUGAAGUCUACCUACCGGGCUGGCAGGUUGCGGUCCACUAUCCAUACUGCAUUGCAAUUCCACGGAUCACCGUAUCAGCCAGACGUCCACCACGAGAUGUGUUCAAGAUCGACAUGCGAACGCAUGAAAACAUCGCGCGCUUACUCGACGGAUCUAUCUCGGAAUGGGAUCGCGUACCGAGUGUGGACUUCGAUACAGAAGCAAAGAUUCUUGUGGUUGCCUAUAUGGAUCGGGUCGUCGUCUAUUCUACCGAAGACUGGUCUGUACUUUCAAGCGAUGUGUGUCAUCCCCUUUCGCUUUCCAUCACGGAGCAUCCAGCGCAACUCAGGUCGGGUGGAACUAACCUGCACGCGUCGCAAGUCUCGGUCGGAACUAUCCAGUUGCCUUUCGUUCUGGCGAAGGGGUUGGCGCUGCCACAACAUGCCUGUACUUCUCUCGAAGUAGAAUGGCAAAAGGCCCAAGAUUUGACGGCAGAGCAAGGCAGCUCCUUCGGAGAGACGCUGGAAAAUUUGAUCAAGUGCCCAUUGGAAAACAAAUCUGGGUAUUUAUACCAUAGCUCAGCACUGGAAGUGAGGACAGUUCACUUGGAUCGGCAUACGGAUACUCUCAUCUCAGUUUUUUGGUGGGGCGUCACCCUCGUCAGACCGUACUCUGCGAUCCACGGAGACCAUUCGAUUCUGAAUGUGGCAUUCUUGCGGUACUCUGCUGAAGCAACUCCGAUCUAUCUGGACACGGUCAAGUCGAGCUUUGGGGAAGGAAAAUUUGUGCAAGUCAUGAGACAUUUGCCGUUCAGUGAGGGACUGGAGACGCAGCACACUUUCGUCAUCGACCUCAAUGAUCGCCGCUUGGAUACAGCAUGGCAGCCAACGAAGCACGUCUUCGAAAAUGUCAAGGCUGUCCACAUUGCCAGAGAGUCGUUUCGAGAUUACGACGAUGCUAGCGAUGGUGAUCAGUACGCGGAAUAUGUCACCGACGACCUUCUCGAUGUUCAUAUCGACGCAACGACUGUAUACUUGCUUCGAUGCGUCUCUGGAUUGACCUACUACGACUUUGGAGGCCGCACCAACGUGCCAAAGCAGGCAGCUGAAGGCGGACCUACAAGGCACAUCACUGGAGAAGAUCAGCGCACGCGCGUGUACUAGUGGCUGACAAAGCCAGUCAUUCCGAUCAAAUGCAGAUUUUAAUCUGGAUCGUAGACUGUCUUUGCAAGGGUCAGUACCCACAUUUGUCUUGGAGCGCUGUCGGCUCUGCAUGACCAGGGUGUCGCUCAUGUAUGCGGACGAGAUCACCGACACGCUCGUGGUGGUCUAUCCUCGGGGCCUCGCUCUUAUUCGCCCAUACUCGCAGAUGGUCAGCAACAGGCAACCAAUCAGCGUCGCCGUUCUGCACUAUUCGUUCGGAGAAAUAUCUGAAGCUGAUACUCCACCACUUGCGACCGAGGAGCGCACUGGCUUUGGCAAUGGCGUAGUGCAGGUGAUCAGCAAUGUCCGCACUGUAGACGAGGAGAUAGCCGAACACUCUAUCCUAUUCGACCUCGACUCUUUCCGACUGGAGCCAACUCGGGCCUCGCGGUAACAUUCUUUUGGAAAUGUGGCAGUCUUUCACAUCUCGCAG